UUAAGAAAAACUAUAGUGCAUAAUUAGUUAUAUAUAAUAUAUAAAAUUAAUUUGUUUGAAAAAUUCCCGCGGGUUUAACUUAAAUCAACAAACAUUCUCGCGAUUUAAUAUGUAUACCCGCGAGUUCUACGAGUCCAACACACCUCACACACGCCUAAUUCAUACUAUCCUAAACCUGUGUUGCUGAGACGUUCUUAUCGAUCAAAAAUGUACCGACUAACAUCGUCUCUCUCCAAGUUUGCUGGCCAUAAUAUUAAAAGAUAUAAUGUUUUGGACACAUCAAAAUGUGCUAUGCUGUCUAGCACUUCAGUGCUAAAUAGCAAUACCAACGAUGGCGAGCCAAACUUCCUUGAGAUGGUUAGUAUCUACGCACAAAAUGCUCAUGCCAUAACACUGAAAAGACUUUUGGAAAAAAAACCUGCUCCUGGAAAAAAGCAAGAAGAUCCCACGGUUAGAGAAAAGCAUAUAAAAGGUAUUUUGGAUAUCAUUAAACCCACAAACACAGCUUUGUCUGUAUCUUUUCCUUUGAAAAGAGACAAUGGUGAUAUAGUUAUUAUUGAAGGAUAUCGUGCUCAGCACAGUCACCAUAGAUUACCAUGCAAAGGAGGUAUACGUUAUGCUGCUGAUGUCAACAUGGAUGAAGUUAAAGCAUUGGCAAUGUUGAUGACAUUCAAAUGUGCAGUAGUUGAUGUUCCGUUUGGAGGAGCUAAAGGAGGAGUAGCUAUUCACAAACCAGACUAUUCGGAUAAUGAAAUUGAAAAAAUAACAAGGCGUUUUACACUUGAACUUGCUCGUAAAGGAUUUAUUGGACCAGGUAUUGAUGUACCAGCACCUGAUAUGGGAACUGGUGAAAGAGAAAUGAGUUGGAUGGCUGAUACUUUUGCAAUGACACUUGGUUAUGGAAAUAUGAAUGCUGCUGGUUGUGUCACAGGAAAGCCUAUAAGCCAAGGAGGAAUUCAUGGAAGAACAGCGGCUACUGGUCGAGGUCUUUAUCAUGGUGUUAAUAAUUUUAUUAACAAUGAACAUUACAUGAAAAUGAUUAAUUUGGAGCCUGGUUUAAAGGGAAAAACCUUCAUUGUUCAAGGGUUCGGUAAUGUUGGUUUGCAUGCAUGCCGUUAUCUUAAUCGCUAUGGUGCUAAAUGUGUUGGAAUAAUUGAACAUGAUGGAAGUAUAAAAAAUCCUAAUGGCAUUGAUCCUAAAGAACUCGAAGAUUACAAACUGGCCAAUGGUACAAUUCGUGGUUUUCCAAAUGCAGUCGAUACCAACGAAGAUCUAAUGAUAGCUAAGUGUGAUAUACUUGUACCUGCUGCGAAUGAAAGGCAAAUUACUAUGAAAAAUGCUCCAUUUAUUCAAGCCAAGAUUAUUGCUGAAGGUGCAAAUGGACCUACAACACCUGGAGCCGAUAAGAUUCUUCAAUCUCGUAAAAUCCUUGUGAUACCUGAUCUUUACAUUAACGCUGGUGGUGUUACUGUCUCUUACUUUGAAUGGCUUAAAAAUAUUAACCAUGUUUCGUAUGGCCGUCUGACAUGGAAGUAUGAGGAGGAAUCUAACUAUCAUUUGUUGGACUCAGUUCAAGAAUCUUUGCAGAGACAUUUUAAUACUGGCAUUCCUAUCACUCCAACAGAUUCUUUUAAGAAGAAAAUUAGGGGAGCAUCUGAAAAAGAUAUUGUUCACUCUGGUCUCGAAUUUACCAUGGAAAGAUCUGCAAACCGCAUUAUGAAGUGUGCACAAGAGUAUGACCUUGGUUUGGAUAUACGCGCUGCUGCUUACGUCGUAGCUCUUGAGAAAAUUUUCAACACAUAUUCAGAUGCAGGCUUAACUUUAGUUUAGUUAAGUUUUUUUAAAUGAUAUUUUUAUAGUUUAGUUUUUAGGCACAUGGUUUAAAGAGACAAUUUGUACGCUUUUUUUCUCCUUAUUUGCUGAAUGGUGUAUAAUUUUCAGUAAAACCAGAUUUUUUUAUGAAUGUAACACCUUAGUUAAUGAUUUUUAAAAAGAUAUUUUUAUUUCGCAGUAAA